GGUCGACAACGUCAAACUCAUGCUGCCUGUAGCCCGCAUAACAACAAACUGAUAAAAACUAGCCAAACGUUAACAUUUAAGCCACAGGGCUACAUUUCUAUAAUUUUUCUGUGUUAGUACUGUACGUUUUUAUUGGCAGAAAUGUCCGGAAAGGCCAAGGAUAUCCUGCAGAUGGACCUUUAUGGUUUGCUCGGCAUUGAAAGCUCUGCUACAACGAAGGAGAUCAAGAAAGCUUAUCGACAGAAAGCCUUGACAUGCCAUCCAGACAAGAACCCAGACAACCCCAAAGCAGCCGAGCUCUUCCACCAGUUAUCCCAGGCUCUUGAGGUGCUAGCUGAUGCUGCUGCCAGGGCUGCCUACGACAAAAUUUGUGCUGCCAAGAAACAAGCAGAAGAAAGAAACAAGAAACUAGAUGAUAAGAGAAAGAAAAUUAAGCUUGACUUGGAAGCCAGAGAGCGACAAGCAGAAGCUCAGAGCCAGGAAGAGGUGCAAAUCACAAGAACACUUGAAGAAGAGAUUGCACGCCUAAGGGAGGAGGGAUCCAGACAGCUUGAAGAGGAACAGAGACUCAUCAGAGAGCAGAUCCAGAGAGAAAGAGAAGCACAGCAACGCACAGGAGACUACACUUACAAAAACUCAGGAGUGGAGAGAUGUUCCAAGAGCAAUGCAACCCCCAAAUUGAAGUUGAAGUGGAAGUGUAAAAAAGAUGACGAGAUGAAUGGAGGCUACUCUCAAGACAUUCUUUUUAAACUUCUACAAAAGUACGGGGAUGUUUUGAAUGUGAUUGUAUCGAAAAAGAAGAAAGGAAGUGCUGUGGUUGAAUUUGCAACUGUGAGAGCAGCUGAGCUGGCUGCUAAGAAUGAAAGUGGGCUGAGUGGAAACCCCUUGAAGAUUUCUUGGCUUGACGGACAGCCUGAGGUUGUUGCCACAGCAUCUCAAUCCGGCCCGUUCAUGUCUUCACAGGUACUGUUAUAACAUGAAAAAUGCAUUGUUGUAAUUCCGCCCCUC